CGCAACAUAUGGGAAGCUUUGCUGUCCACUUAUAAACCAAUUGCGCAUCGGUCUGUUUUAAAAUGACUUCAAGUGUGGCAAUCGACUAUGCAAGUCAAGAGUGACGGUGCUACCAUGAAAUCCAACCCAGUAAAAGCGCCCCUACCGUUUUACGAACCUCCCCAAAGGAAAACCAGUGCUGAAAUCAUUAAUGAAGCAAGAAUUGCCAUACGCGAGUCUCAAAUGGCAGAAAAUAAUUUUGCCGCUCCAUCGAUAAAACCCUUGCAAACGCAAAGACCAUUUACACCAAGGGACAAAGAAAGAUUGCUGUUUGGAAAGAAAAAGUCCGAUCGACCUCCAAGCUCUUUCAGCUUAAGAUAUCUUCAAAAUGAAACAGAAUUACCAAGUACCCCUCCAGACAAUAUGGUUCUUAUGCCGAAUAUGGUAACAAAACCGCUUAUACCAACUACUCAAACUGUUAAUAAGUUAACUACUCAUCAACGAUCGAAUUCCCUAUCAGAAAUAAAUGAUAAAAUUUUUAAUAUAACGCUAAAAGAUUCUCACAAAGUCAAACUGCCCUCACUGGAUAAUUGCAGACCGUUACAGAAGAGAAAAAUUUUCAAAAAUACCUCAUCCUUAGAUAACCUUCCAGAAGAAGGAGAAUGUCCAGCUGAGUUAAGACCAAUCGAAUCGAGAAAUGCAUUCAGCUCUCCACAAGAGCGUACAGAUUUCAAUCAGUCAGACUCAGUUUUUGGAAGGCCUUCUUUGAAACAGCAAAAUUUAUCUCAAUGUUUGCUCUUGGGACCACAAAAUUUACAAAAAAUAUUUGAUAACAAAGAAAUAAUUGAACAUUCAGAAACUCUUUUCCUCAAUACAGGUUACUUUACCAAUCAGUUGCACAAAACACAAUUAUCAAAUAAAACACAAAAAUCCAUUUUAGCAGAUAGUAAAAAGGACAGAUCUGUGGAUGACGUUUUGCAAGACUUAAAUUUUGAAAGUGAGAAUGGUAAUGAGGAAAAAAUAAACAGUUUAUUACUUGAAUUAUACGAUUGCAUGGAAAAAGAAAAUUUGGUGAACUCCAAAGUAUCGUCAAAAAUAAAAAUACAAAUCCUGAAAUGCUUAUAUAAAUUUGUAGAAUCACGAAGUGAACAAAUUUUACUAAAUAUUGCUAAAGUUAUAUUAUCACUGAAAGUAACUGGUAAUAACUUGACUGGAGUCUGCAAACUGAUAUUCAAAGUUGCAAAAAAUGAUCAAAAUGACAAUUUGUUCUUCCAAAAAAAUCUUCUAGAACUAUUUCUCGAUGCUCUUGGAAGGUCUAGCCCAUUAGAUGAUGCCGAAGCAUGUAUUUAUGGUUACGGGGCAGUCAAAUUCCUGACAAUGAAUCCUAAAUUGUUAGAAAAAAUACUAGGAUUAGGUAUAUUGCAGUUAAUGGUGCUUCACAUAAAAAUAAUUAAUACAGCGAAAUUAGAAAAGAAUGUUAUGCCGGACCAAACAAAUCAUGCAUUAUUUCAACUGACUGGCGCCUUAAGGAAUUUAGUUUCGGAAGAACAUAUAUAUGAUACAUUUAUUUCAUGUGGAACAAUUGCACAGUUAUGUCAAGCACUGGAAAUAUUUUCCUCUGAUUUAGACAUUGUUACCAAUAUAUCCAGGACACUGAGUAUAAUUUCUACAAACGAUUGCUGCUGCGACAAUAUCAUAGAAUAUAAAAAUAUAUACAAAAUACUUAUUAAUCUAUUUGACAAAUAUCCUGGAAAUGAAGAAAUAAUUGUACGUUUAACAUACACAUUAGGAAAUAUUGUCGCAAAAAUAGAUAAUACCCGAAUAAAGUUUUUUAAUGAAGAAGGGUCAAUCAAAUGUCUCAUAGACUUAUGGAAAAUUUAUCUGGAGAGAACUCUUCAUAAUUGUUCGCUAAAAGUAGAACAUACUGAAGAACAAGUAAACAGUGACUCUGAAGAUGUAAUGAUAAAGAUAAUAAGGGUAAUUGCAAAUAUGGUGAUAAAUCCUGAAAUUGGAAAAGAAUUAAAUGAAAAAUAUGGCAGCAAAUUGAUCGAUGAAGUGCUUAAAGUUCUUAUAAGUAACCCCUUCAAAAAGAAUGAAGAAUUGGUUUUAUCAAUUUUGAGUACAUUAAAUAAUUUAUCUUACUAUUACACAAAUGACUUGGAUGUGGACAUUUUUCAUAUUAAGCAAAUUGAUAUUGUAGAAGGAAUAACUGAGUUCACCAAAUCGAAAAACAAGGAAUGUGUUAUUGAAACAAUGAGAAUUUUGGGAAAUUUAUCCAGGUCGAAAAUUACUAGAAAUUACAUAUCAGAAUCAGAAAUUUAUAAUACCUUGAUAUGUCUCUUAGAUAAAGUGGACCCAACUUUGCUAAAAACAACAAUUGGAGUUUUCAUAAAUUUGAUGUCUGACAACCGAACAAGAACUUUAUUUAAGAAAAAAGGAGGUGUGGCAAAAUUAAUAAAAAUCCUUAAGGAUUUCUGCGAAAACGAUUGGUUACUAGGUAACCUUGUAUGCCAAGUACUUUGGAAUUAUUGCAUAGACACUAUAGAUCUAUAUGAACUGCUAUCAGAUGCAGAAAUACAGCAACUAUUAAUAUUACUAGCAGACUAUUUAGAUGAAGAAAAAUUAUUUGGAGUUGAGGAACAUACUGAAGACAACGAUAUAUUUGUUACACAGGAAUAUUUAAUAUGGGAAGAAUUUGCAAAUGUAGCUACAAAUUUAUUAGAAAAAAUUGAAUAUUUUUUGGACACAUUCGACCAAAUUAAUAUUGAAGUUGAUAACAUAGAAACCAAGAAAACUAAAGAUAACAGCACUAAUAUUAGCAUUGCAGCAUGGUAA